ACACAACCAAAGGUUUCAGCACUGCAAGUGUAUGUUUCAACUUUCACAGUCCAACUACAAAUUCAUCUCCUAUGUCAAGCUAUUUAAAUUCUGCAGUGACAGAACACAGGCUGAAACUGUUUGAAAAAGAGAAAGAAAGGCAACGUCGUCUAAUUACUGAUGUUCAUAAAAUUACAGUACAAUACAGAGAUCAUCCAGAACAUUGUACUCUCAUAAUGAACAAAAAGCUAUCCACACCAUAUGACUGUGCAAGACAUGUGAGUCAGCUUGUGGGUGACAGAGCUGUGCUGGCUGAAGCAGAUCCAUUUUAUGCCAACCGAGCAUUCUGGCGGUCGUGCUCCCUGAUGCUUGGAUCGGUCCUUGAGAACUCAUUCAAGUCAAAGUUCUAUGUCCAGCUUUGCUCCUUCCCUGCUCCAAAUGUGAGGACUGGCAGCUUUGUUUAUGAUGUUGAUCUUGGCAUUGACUGGACACCAACGAAGGAGGAGCUGCGAAUGCUGUCUGCACAGAUGGUGCGACUGAGCAUGCAGAAGUUGCCGUUCGAGCGUCUGUCGGUGAAAUGGUACGCUCAACGGUUAUUGUUCCAUAUUCUAAUAAAUCCAAGCAAAAUUGAUGGUAGCGCAGGUGACGAGGUGACGGUGUACCGCGUGGGGCGGUUCCUGGACAUGAGCUGCGGGCCUCUGAUGGCCAACACAGCGCAGCUUGGGCGCGUUACCAUCACCGCGGUGCACCCGCUGCCCUCUGCGUCAUCGCGACGCUUGCAUCGAGUGCAGGGCGUCGCACUGCCACACUCUAUUCUGAUGAACCAUUUCUCCUACAGCAUUCUGGAGAAGCGAGCCAGAAAAUUGAAUGAGGGACGUAUCCCGGACCUAGUCGCCAUGGGACUCUCAUGAGGCGGCGCUGGUGGCGGCUGAGCUUGUUACCCGCGCUUCAACGAAAUGUAACGUCAAGAAAUAAAACGUGUAUAGUAA